ACAGCAGGUGCACCAGGCAGGAUCGGUCCUCAUACAGAGAGAGCGAGGGACGGUAGCUUUACUCAAAGUAAUUAAAACUGGCAAUGAAGCUUGCAGGCGAAGAAGCAAAAGACUGGGACAACAUGAGAAAAAUGCUGCAAGAUUUUGUAGGAAAGAGAAGCCAUUGCCCCUUCAAGGGACCAAACGAUGGCCAUCACGUCUCGUACAGGCGGUUCAGGAGGCGGAUCAUCCAGAGGAGCAGCAGUGAGGGUCCAUCUGCAAGCACACCUCUGGCCACUGGGGGGCAGAGUGAGCCCAGAUUUGAGCUUGAGACAGUCUGCCAGAGACUGGAGCUGGAUUCUCCUCCGAGACACCAUGAACCAGCACAGAUCAGACACCUGCAGGGAAACCUUCAUGAGAUAGAGCUGACAGGAAGCUUAUCACACAGUGGGGAUGUCACAUCUACAAACACACAACACACCGUCACCACCAGGAGAUGGACUGCUACAGAAAAUGCCCCAGAGCAGGGAUGGGUCUGGAGUGCUGCAAUUGAAGAACAUGGAAAUGCUCAACAGGCUGAUUCUUAUGAGAGGACACAUGCUUUGCAGCCAUUCGCUGUUCUGGACAGUACCUCUGUCAGUCAGCAGGGAAAGUCAGUGAUAAAAUUGGCGGCACCGUCACUGCUGAAUGACUACUACACUAAUCUUCUCGACUGCAGUUGUGAUGGUAUAAUUGCUUUAGCACUCGGCUCUUCUGUUUACCUCUGGAAUUCAGAAACUCAUGCUCUCGUGGGAUAUUUGGUCCCGAGUCCACAACCAGGAGGAACUUACCUUCAGACCAUCUCGUGUCUGAGCUGGAGCAGAGAUGGCAGGACCCUCUGCAUUGGCACCAGGCGAGGGGAGUUACAGUUGUGGGAUGUUGAACAAAAGCAGAAUACCAGGUGCCUGCGGUCACAUCUAUCUGUGGUGAGGGCUCUUUCCUGGAAACAGCAGUUACUCAGCAGCGGCUCAGUUCUCGGGCAUAUCCAUCACCUUGACCCUCGGGCUCCUACACCUCUCGUGGGUGCCGUUGUGCAGAAGGAGGCGAUCUGCAGCCUCCAGUGGUCCCCAGGAGAUGAUUGGCUGGCCAGCGGCUCCACAGAGGGCCUCCUCUGUAUAUGGGAUAGAGACAUUGCAGGGGUCACACGGUCACAUCAGCCAAUCACUAUGAUGACACAGCCCAGCGCUGUAAAGGCAAUGGGAUGGUGUCCAUGGCAAAGUAAGAUGAUUGCCACAGGAGGCGGAUUGAAAGAUGGUGAGCUGAGAAUCUGGGACACAGAUUUGGGAACAUGUGUGACAUCUGCUCACACAAAGUCUCAGAUUUGUUCUCUCCGUUGGGCUGAAAAGAAGAGAUAUCUGGUCACAGGUCACGGUCUUCCUCGUCACCAAAUCACCUGCUGGUCCUGGGAGUUUCCCUCCCUGAGCCCAGUGUACCAGCUCAGAGUACAUUCAGAUCGAGUUCUGCACUUGGCCAUACACUCUGAAAGCACUAAGAUGUUUUCUGCUGGAGCAGACCAGCGCUUUCUCAUCCUGGACAUGUGAUUAUCAAUGUCACCAAAAAUUGGACAUGAU